AUGCGUGCGCCCCGCCUUUCCAGCGCCACCCCGCGGACGCGCCCACUUCCCGGCGCCACCCUGCGCGGCGUGGGGACGGGGCUGGGGUCCCGCACUCAGACCCAGCGGGCCCGCAGCCCCUACGCGGGGACCCGCAGCCCCGGCGCGCCGGUGACGGCGGAGCUGGGACCCGCGGCGCCACCGCCUCCGCCCCUGUCCGACAAGCGCCUCAGCGGCUUGGCGGCAGCCGGUGGUGGCGGGAUCGGUGGGAUGUUACAUAACCGGGCGACGGGCCGCCGCGGGUGCCACUGCCUCCGGGAGCCGGAGCCCGAGCCCGAGCCGAGCCGAGCGGCGCGGGCGCUGCCUUCCCCGCCUGCGUCCACGGCCACCGUCCCCGGCGGCGUCCGCCCUUCCAGCCUCGGGUCCAGCAAGUCCUCUGAAGUCCUGGGCAAACGUCCUGCGCACCUUCCUCCAAAGACCGUUCACACAGUCCUCGGUCACACCACCCCAAGCCCAAGCAAGGUCCCCGAUGCGGUCGUGGCAGAGACGUGUCAUCCUUCCAGAAUCAGCUCUUCCCCAGCUGCGGCAGCCGGCAGCCUGGCUGACGCGAGAGAAGCAGCCAGCGCUAUCCUUUCCUCCCCGGCCCCGGGCCUGCUCCCGGUGGUUCUGCUGGAACAGCCCGAGGGACGCACCCACGGCCCAAGUUUGGUCAUGCAGCUUCACAGGCGCUUCCGGAGGGUGGUCAUCCUGCUGGCGACAUUCUGCACGGCGAGCAUUGCCAUCUCUGCCUACUACCUGUACACUGGCUACAGACAGCAGGGGGGGCCCCUGGAGGUGGCUCCCGAGGCAGACUGUGAGGGCCUCCAGCACCCGCCCCGCCGGCUGAGGGACGUGGAGGCCAGGCCGCACGUGGAGGCCGCGAGGACAGACCCCACGGUCCUGGUGUUCGUGGAGAGCCAGUACUCGCCCCUCGGCCAGGACAUUGUGACGAUCCUGGAAUCGGGCCGGUUCCAGUACCACAUGGAAAUUGCUCCCGGGAAGGGGGACCUCCCCGCACUCACAGAGAAAAUGAAGGGCAAGUAUGUCCUCAUCAUUUAUGAGAAUAUUUUAAAGUAUAUACACCUGGACUCCUGGAACCGGAGCCUCCUGGAUAAAUACUGCGCGGAAUACAGCGUGGGCGUCAUAGGGUUCCACAGGAGCGGCGACCGGAGCCCACAGCGCCUUCCGUGGGGAGGCCUCCCCCUCUCCGCGCGCGGGCGCCUGGCCGUGGAAGACGGCUGCGUCAACCCCCGCUCUCCGCUGCUGCAUGUGACCAGGGCUGCGAAGCUCCAAAGGGGCUCUUUACCUGGAGCCGACUGGACCGUUUUCCAGGUCAAUCACGCAGCUUACGAACCAGUAGUACUCGCCAGAGCAAAGACGCCGGAAGACGCUUCUCCUGCCGCCCCCAAGGGCGCCCUUUACGCCACGGUCGUCCACGACCUGGGGCUGCAGGACGGCAUCCAGCGCGUGCUCUUUGGCAACAACUUGAACUUCUGGCUGCACAAGCUCAUCUUCAUCGACGCCAUCUCCUUCCUGUCGGGGAAGAGGCUGGCCUUGUCCCUGGACAGGUACAUCCUCGUGGACAUCGACGACAUCUUUGUGGGGAAGGAGGGCACCCGCAUGAACGCUGAUGAUGUCCAGGCCCUGCUUGAAACUCAGAACCUUUUGCGGGCGCAAAUCACGAAUUUUACAUUCAACCUGGGCUUUUCAGGGAAAUUCUACCACACAGGCACCGCGGAGGAGGACGCGGGCGACGACCUGCUGCUGCGCUCGGUGGGCGAGUUCUGGUGGUUCCCGCACAUGUGGAGCCACAUGCAGCCGCACCUCUUCCACAACGCGUCCUCCCUGGUGGAGCAGAUGACCCUCAACAAGGAGUUCGCCUUAGAGCACGGCAUCCCGACGGACGCGGGCUAUGCGGUGGCCCCGCACCACUCGGGCGUCUACCCAGUGCACGGCCCGCUGUACGCGGCCUGGAAGAAGGUCUGGGGCAUCCAGGUCACCAGCACGGAGGAGUACCCGCACCUGAAGCCCGCGCGGCACCGCAGGGGCUUCAUCCACAGGAGCAUCAUGGUUCUCCCAAGACAAACCUGCGGGCUGUUCACGCACACGAUCUUCUACAGAGACUACCCGGGCGGCCCGGAGGAGCUGGACAAGAGCAUCCGGGGCGGCGAGCUCUUCCUCACCGUGGUCCUCACCCCGAUCAGCAUUUUCAUGACCCAUCUGUCCAACUAUGGGAACGACCGCCUGGGGUCGUACACGUUCGUGAACCUGGCCAACUUCGUGCAGAGCUGGACCAACCUGCGCCUGCGGACUCUGCCCCCAGCGCAGCUGGCUCACAAGUAUUUUGAGCUCUUUCCGGAUCAAAAAGACCCUCUCUGGCAGAAUCCCUGCGAUGACAAGCGCCACAGAGACAUUUGGUCGAAGGAGAAAACCUGCGAUCGCUUACCGAAGUUCUUGGUCAUAGGGCCCCAGAAAACUGGAACCACUGCUCUGUAUCUGUUCCUGGUUAUGCAUCCCUCCAUCCUUAGUAACUCCCCCAGCCCCCAAACCUUUGAGGAGGUACAGUUCUUUAAUAGAAAUAACUACCACAGGGGGAUUGAUUGGUACAUGGGUCUCUUCCCAGUCCCGUCUAACGCCACCACCGAGUUUCUGUUUGAGAAGAGUGCCAGUUACUUCCACUCCGAGGAGGCGCCGAAAAGGGCGGCUUCUCUGGUCCCCAAGGCCAAGAUCAUCGCCACCCUCAUCGACCCCUCGGACCGAGCCUACUCCUGGUACCAGCAUCAGCGAUCACACAAAGACCCCACGGCACUGAGGUUCAGCUUCUACGAAGUGAUCUCCGCUGGGCCCAGUGCGCCCUCCCAGCUCCGCGCCCUGCAGAAGCGGUGUUUGGUCCCAGGAUGGUACGCCAGCCACAUCGAGAGGUGGCUCCUGUACUUCCCCGCCUUGCAGCUGCUGAUUAUUGAUGGGCAACAGCUGAGAACAGAUCCUGCUACUGUGAUGGAUGAAGUCCAGAAGUUUCUAGGAGUCUCUCGUCAUUAUAAUUACUCAGAAGCUUUAACGUUUGAUCCUCACAAAGGUUUCUGGUGUCAGUUGCUGGAAGAAGGUAAAACAAAAUGCCUUGGAAAGAGCAAAGGAAGAAAAUACCCUCCCAUGGACCCUGAGAGCAGAGCCUUCCUGUCCGGCUACUACCGGGACCACAACCUGGGGCUCUCCAGGCUGCUGCACAGGCUGGGGCAGCCGCUGCCGGCCUGGCUGCGACAGGAGCUGCAGAAGGCGGCGUAGCGCUGGGGAUGCUUCUGACAUCCAAGCACCUUCCCAAAGCUUCCAGAAGCUACCAAAAGGCUGCUUAAAAAUAUACCUCUUCAGAGGAGUAAACAAAAAGUUCCCUCUGUGUG